AUGUGCAGACGAUGCUGCGAGGCUGCACGGGGCAUCCUAAUCCUCGUUGCAAGUCUGGGAAACCCAAGAGAAGUUUUCUCGAUGGUGAUGGAAGUGUUUGCCGUGUACGAGGAUGUCAGGCAGCAGCAAUUACUGCUUGAAAUGCUCGCUCAAGUCUUUCCUAAGCUGGCAAAAGGGAAACUUCAUAUCUUUGUGAAGGACCUGCUCUCCAUGCUCCAUAGGCGAUUUGUCGGUCUCUCCACAAGAACAGACAAGAUGGAUGAUCAUUCUUCUGCCUCUUCAUCCUUGAAUGCAGAACGAUCAACUCCUGCUUCUCCCGACCAGAUGCACUGCGAUCAAAACAGUGCUCUGCACGAUGUGCUGGCUCCGGCUGAUAUCCUCACCCUCAACAAGGGCUUCUUUGACGCUGUCUUGCCAGCUUGCCAGACGUUCUUUCAGAGGCUUCUGGAUGACAUGAAUGCUGAAAGUUAUGAGAUGAUCUGCCAAGUGCUCAAGGACCUUCUGAAGGCCUUGUACUGGACGUCUUCCAUCGUCUCCACCGAGUUCUUCAUGCCGGAAGCUGAAAAAAAGAAGACCAAUGUUUUCCACACAGAAGAUCUGUCAAACAGGGUUCUGGAGGUGCUGGACUUGGUAGCCUCACUGCCCAAUGGUAUCCUGUUCGUUUUGUUUCCCCCUUCGAGGCCCUUUUGGAUGAUGGAUGAGUCGAAGAGCAUGGAGCAAAUUCUUGCAGAGCUUGACGAGUGGAUCAUGCUUCUUGAGUUCACCAUCAAAGUGCUGCAAGAGCAUGGUCAACUGCUCGCUGAGACAGACCUAGAACUGGGGACGCCAGGCAUCGAUGGCAAGAAUCGACAGAUUUGCAUGCAGAUCGUUCAAGGGUUCGCCGUGAUGAAGGAUUUGAUCACUCGAUGUCCGUACCCGUCAGUGACUUCCGUGGCUCUCAACAUCGUCAAGGACGAAAUCCUGCACUCGUGGCCAACGUCACAGCAUGAUAUCGAUCAAUACCAGCAUGACACGAAGAGGACUCCUUUCAUCGCUCUCUCCGUCUCUCUGCUCUUUGAGGUCCUUUCCUCAAGCCAGAAGGCUCUUCUCCUACACAGACUCGACAUCCUCAUGAGCGGCCUCAACGUCCUCCGUUUCAUUCUCAUCAAGGAUCGGCAAAGCAACUUGACUGGAGUGUGGGAGCAUAACAUAAGAAGAAAAUUCCUAGACGAGAUCGUCAACCCGUCAAGGAGUGUCUCGCGGGUGCGGAGCAUCUGUCGAGGAGCUCAGCACCGGAGGCGUCUGAGGGAGGUUGUUGCCACAUCUCAGGAAAUGCAGCUCUUGAUGCUGCAGGAAGUUCUGGACCGCGUCGCUGAGCUGCUAGAUGAGCCACCACAAGACACAUGA